UUAAUGCUUAUUUGGUUGACUUAAUCUUUUACAGUCUGUACUUAAUUUGAGGGACCUUGGAUUAUCUGAACUGAAAAUUGGACAGAUUGAUCAACUGGUAGACAGUCUACUUCCUGGAUUUUGUAAAGACAAAAAAGUUUCUUCCCAUUGGCAUACUUCUCACAUCUCUGCACAGUCCUUCUUUGAAAAUAAAUAUGGUUACUUAGACAUGUUUGGUACUUUACGAUCUUCUUGCUUAUAUAGGCAAAAUUCAAGAAAUAUUAAAAGCAUUUCUUCAGCUCUUCAGGACUGGCCAGUUUUCAUACAGUCUCGAGGUUUUAAAACCUUGAAAUCAAGGACACGACGUCUACAAUCCACUUCUGAAAGGUUAGCAGAAACACAGCAUAUAGCACCAUCAUUUGUGAAGGGAUUUCUUUUACGGGACAGAGGAUCAGAUGUUGAGAAUUUGGACAAGCUCAUGAAAACCAAAAACAUACCUGAAGCUCACCAAGAUGCAUUUAAAACUGGUUUUGCAGAGGGUUUUCUAAAAGCUCAGGCACUGACACAAAAGACCAAUGAUUCUCUAAGGCGAACUCGGAUGAUUCUCUUUGUUCUGUUGCUGCUUGGUAUUUAUGGACUCUUAAAAAACCCAUUUUUAUCUGUACGCUUCCGGACAACAACAGGACUUGAUUCUGCAGUAGAUCCUAUCCAAAUGAAAAAUGUCACCUUUGAACAUGUUAAAGGAGUGGAGGAAGCUAAACAAGAAUUACAAGAAGUUGUUGAAUUCUUGAAAAAUCCACAAAAAUUUACUGUACUUGGAGGAAAACUUCCAAAAGGAAUUCUUUUGGUUGGACCACCAGGGACAGGAAAGACACUUCUUGCCCGAGCUGUGGCUGGAGAAGCUGAUGUUCCUUUUUAUUACGCUUCUGGAUCAGAAUUUGAUGAGAUGUUUGUGGCGUGGGAGCCAGCCGUAUAAGAAAUCUUUUUAGUA